CCCGGCAGCAGCACAGGCCACAGCGCGUCAAAGAAGCCAUGCGCUGCGCGCGGGGCAGAGACCCCUCCCCACCCUGUAGGUUAGAACGGUGCCUUCUUCUGGCCGCGAGGCACCCUGCUGCUGCUGCCUUCCCUAACCCUGCGGAGGCCAGCCUGACCCCACCCCUCACCGCUUAUGGAGGGGAGGGGGGAGGUAGGGCAAGGAACGAGGCUGAUGUCACCAGCAGGUCUUUAUAAGGGGGCUCUUUUUAAGAACGGUGCAUUUUGACGGCAGCUGAUCCGGUGCAGGAGUCGCUGGUUAAAAAGGAAAAGAAAAGGCAGCCUGCGUUCCGAAGGGGAAAUGCAGCCUUUACAUAGCUGCCAGCAUGUCAGACCGUUUAAACAAAGAAAGAGUUUUGCAACCCGAGUUGAAGAAGUUGCAGGCAUACGAGGAAAGUUCCCAACAAAAGUCCCAGUUAUUGUUGAAAGGUACCAGAAAGAAAAGUACCUUCCCCUGCUAGACAAAACCAAGUUUCUUGUGCCUCAGGAGCUGACCAUGACUCAGUUUAUAACUAUCAUCAGAAGCAGAAUGGCGCUGAGUUCCACGCAAGCUUUCUAUAUGCUGGUAAACAACAAGAGUUUAGCAAGCAUGUCUCUAACGCUGGCAGAAGUCUACCAGGAUUACAAAGAUGAAGAUGGGUUUGUGUACAUGACUUAUGCUUCCCAAGAGAUGUUUGGAGGCCUCUUAGCUGCUGGCAAGGGGAAAUGUAAGGAAUGUCUCCAGAAAACAUAAGUGUUCUCUCGGGUGACAGCUAUGUGGCUAGACAGCUCAGCUGUGAAUCAUGCGAGCUACCUGAAAAUGAAAGGUGCUCUCUCUAAAUGUGGGCUCCUCUCGAAGGAUUGAUGGUCCAGGAGUUGGCAGGACCCGACCAAAGAACCACGUGAUGGAACAAACCAUCCUAAAUGAGUGACACGGACAAGUACUUUGUAUUUCGCUCCUUUCCUGCCCAAAAAAAGGUAGCAGGGGAUGCACUUCAGUGUUUAAAAUAAUAAUAAUAAUAAAUGAUGUAACUGCUUUUAAAGGUGGUGUUAAAACCACUACUGGAAUACUUGCUUGCUUCCAAAUGUGGUUGCAUCUCUGGUCCAAAAACAGCUAUUUCUGGAUGGUCAGCAAACAGCUCCUCUAAAUGAGUAACUGUGGUCAGUUUUGGAAUCCGUACAAAUCUAUGGCUAUGUCAUCAUCAUCAUCUUCAAGGGGGCAUACACACCAAAGGAAGAAGCACACAAGUGCAGAGAAUGCCCCCACUGGGUAAGACCAGUGAAAACUAAAGGGAUUUUUAAAACCAGGUCACAUGGUCUGGGCAGGAAUGAUCUGCUUAGCAGCUAAGAAUAAUGUAUGCACUAAAGAUUUUACUAACUGUUUCAGAGUUACUGUAGCACUCUUUUGAUUCUAAUCAGUGGUGUUGAGCACUGCAAAACAGAGAGCCAUAGCUGGCUUUUCUAUGCCCCUGCUCUUGUCUACAUAUACCUCCAGGAGGAAUACCCCUAAGGAUGGAUUUACAUGAUACUACACACACAAAUCCAUGUGGAAGUGAGUUUUAUUAAAAGGGCUGAGACAAUGGCAUGUAAUGGGCCUCUUUCAGGCAGCACUGCUGCACAUGGAUCCCACUGCGCAGUACUUAUAAAAAAAAUCAGGAGUUGGUAGGGUGAAAUAGAGCUCUGGCUAGGUAGGGAGUUCCAGAGCACAGUUCUCCAAAUGGAGAUAUGAUCAGUAUGUGAAUAUUUACUGUGCCAUCUUGUGGCUAUUUAAAUUGAGGGGUGGGGAACAGGCGUUUUAACUAACAUUGGAGCUGAGGCAGCAAUCCUUGAAGCUCCAACAGUAGUUUUAUCAUGAGGCUGUGUUCUUGCCUUUUGAACUCUGCUGAGCUUUCUAUAUUUGGGUUUAAGAUAAGAUUGCUGCAUAAAAAGGGCACCCUGUUAAAAACAUGACUCCCGUCCGUAGCUCACAAAGUGCAAGGCAAUUAGAAGCUCCUUGGUCCUUAAACCUUGUUGCUAAACUUAACUGCCUGAGCCUCUUGUGUCAAUGUCAUGUUUAAGAUGGCCGCCUGUAUUUCAAGGGAAUUUAGCUGACUUGGGGACUCUCUUGAGUUGACAGGUCCUAGUCUCGCAUAAGCCAGAUGUCUUUAGAAGGGGUGCAUCACAGACUAUCAGAGUAAAGAGACCAGGGAUGGGGAACGUGCAGCCCCUCCCAUAUGACGUUGGACUCCCAUAAUUUCUGAUUAUUGAUCAAUGGGAGUCAAAUCGCAUCAGUUGGUCCACAGGCCCCCACCACACCCUUGGAAAACACCUUCAUGGCUCAAACAGUAUUUUAAAUAGGUAUUCACUGCAAUGUGGACACAAAUUCCUCCUAUAUAUGGCACACAACUUGGUUUAAUGGACCGCUAGCUCUAAGAACCAGGAAAGGGCCUGGAUUCUGUAUACAGUGUCACUACGUUAAGUGGCACUGAAUUAUCACUAGUUAUGUAAAUAAAGAAAUAUAUAUAUUGCAGUAUAUCUGUUAGCUUUUUUCAAAAUAAAUAUGGAUUUAGACUUGU